AUGUCUGUGUUCCAGAUCAUGUCCUUCAUCAUCAUCAUCAUCAUCAGCUCUGUGUUUCUACACACUCACUCAGCUGAUGGUAAUACCUACUCUGCAGUGAUGCCUCAGACAGUAACAGCUCUGACAGGCUCUUGUGUGCAGAUUCCUUGUACAUUCAACAUCUCCAGUUUUGAGGACAAACGUAACCAGGCUAAAUCUAUUUAUGGGAUCUGGGUAAAAAAGAAACCCCAGUUUGCUGAUAAAGACAGUUUUAUAGCUUUUAAUAGCAGCAAAAACAUCAUAAAAGGAUUUAGUGACAUACAGAUGACUGGAAAUCUCAGUGAGAGGAACUGCACAACUGUCUUCUAUAACAUCAUGAUGAAUCAUUCAGAUUUUUACUACUUCAGACUGGAAAUGGAGCCAAAUGUGUUCAGAGCAACAUUUAACGAUUCAAGUAAGACUGUGAGGAUCACUGUCAAAGAUUCACCACAACCUCCUGAACUUAAACCCACUGAUCUGAAACCAGUAAUGGAGAACACAACAGUCAGUCUGAGCUGCUCCGCUGAAGCCCCCUGCCCAAAACAACCUCCUACAAUAUCCUGGUCUUACAUCCCUGAAUCUGCCCACAUUACAACACAGUUACAGGAGAAACCUGAUAAAACCCAGUCAGUGUUUUCACACAUGACCUUCAAAGCUUCAUACAUGGAUCACAAAAAGAACAUCUCCUGCACUGCUACAUAUCCAAGAAAAUCAUCUAAAGACUCAACUGUGGAGACCACCGUGAUGCUACGAGUCCUGUUUUCUCCGAAAGAAACUCGCAUCACCAUCGAUCCAUCUGCUUCAGUCUCUGUUAACACUAGUGUGACUUUGACCUGCAAAAGCAAAGGCAGUCCAUCAAGAGAAAUGAACUACACCUGGUACAAACGUGGACAGGAGAUGGCUAUAGCUCAGGGAAAGCAGAUUACCUUCAAUGGAACUCAAAAUAAUGCAGGAUGGUAUUCCUGCACUGCACAGAAUGAACACGGAAAACAGUCAUCAGCAGAGAUCCAGCUCACAGUUGAAGGACAAGAUGGACACUUUAUGCCUCUGAUUGUUGGUUGUGUGGGAGGAAUUGUGGCAGUGCUCACGCUCUCUGCUCUUGGGUUUUGUGCAAGGACAAGGACAAACAGGGGAGACAUUGUUGGAGACAAAGAUUCCUUGCAUCAGGCACAGGACAAAACUAUUUACAGGAAUUCCACAUAUGAUGAUGUCCACAACGUAACCACCCAGGACAACACGAUCUCUGAUGAUUAUAGUGUGUGUGAGCGUAAGACCGACCACGAUACAGGAAAAGACCAAACCGAAGAAGACGACCAUGAAGAAGCUGAUGGUAAUACCUACUCUGCAGUGAUGCCUCAGACAGUAACAGCUCUGACAGGCUCUUGUGUGCAGAUUCCUUGUACAUUCACCAUCUCCAGUUUUGAGGACAAACGUAACAAGGCCAAAUCUAUUAAUGGAAUCUGGUUAAAAAACAAAUCCCAGUUUGCUGAUGAAGACAGUUUAAUAGCUUUUAAUAGCAGCAAAACCAUAAGAGGAUUUAGUGACAUACAGAUGACUGGAAAUCUCAGUGAGAGGAACUGCACAACUGUCUUCUAUAACAUCAUGAUGAAUCAUUCAGAUUUAUACUUCUUCAGACUGGAAAUGGAGCCAAAUGUGUUCAGAGCCACAUUUAAAGAUUCAAGUAAGACUGUGAGGAUCACUGUCAAAGAAACCCCACUCUCUAACAUGACUAUGCAUUGCAUGUAUUCCUUAAUGAUGUCUACAAUCAUUUCCCUAGAUUCACCACAACCUCCUGAACUUAAACCCACUGAUCUAAAACCAGUAAUGGAGAACACAACAGUCAAUCUGAGCUGCUCCGCUGAAGCCCCCUGCCCAAAACAACCUCCUACAAUAUCCUGGUCUUACAUCCCUGAAUCUGCCCACAUUACACCUCAGUUACAGGAGAAACCUGAUAAAACCCAGUCAGUGUUUUCACACAUGACCUUCAAAGCUUCAUACAUGGAUCACAGAAAGAACAUCUCCUGCACUGCUACAUAUCCAAGAAAAUCAUCUAAAGACUCAACUGUGGAGACCACCGUGAUGCUACGAGUCCUGUUUCCUCCAAAAGAAACUCGAAUCACCAUCGAUCCAUCUGCUUCAGUCUCUGUUAACACUAAUGUGACUUUGACCUGCAAGAGCAAAGCCAGUCCAUCAAGAGAAAUGAACUACACCUGGUACAAACGUGGACAGGAGAUGGCUAUAGCUUGGGCAAAGAAGAUCAGUUUCAUCGUAACUCAUAAUAAUACAGGAUCGUACUUCUGUAUUGCACAGAAUAAUCAUGGAAAACAGUCAUCAGCAGAGAUCCAGCUCACAGUUGAAGAAGAGAGUGCAUUCUCUCAGCGUGUGAUAUAUGGUUGUACAGGAGGACUUUUGGCUUUUGUUCUGUUGUCUGCAGUAUUUUUUUACUGUAUGAGAAUAAAGACAUCAAGUCAGGCCCAUGUCAUAGGAAGAGAUCAGGCUACAGAUAAAAACAGUGACAUGGUGGCUAUCUAUGCUAACAGUUCCAUUCCGAUCAGCAAGAAAAGUGAAAAGAAAGAAACUGAUGAUCUCCACUAUGGAGAGAUUGACUUCUCCAAACUCCAGACGGGCGACGUGACAAGGGAACACUCAAACAAUGGCCCACAGACAGAGUAUGCUGAGAUUCAAGUGACAGGGAGAAACAACAAGAAUCAAAAGUGCUGAGCAAAUGGACAAACAAAUGUAA